AAUGACGUACCCUCGCGUUGGACCUGAACGCGCCACACGCGCGCGCCAUUUUCCUCGUCAGGAAGCGCUCAAAAACGAAAACAUUUGUGUCGAAACAUCAACCUCACCGUGUUUAACCCCACAUAACUUUAUCGUAUCAACCUUAGCCGGCCUGAAAAUGAGUGACAUCGACGACGGGAACCACGAGAGACGGGUAAUUGCUCGUGAAGGAUUUGAAGAAUUUUAUCCAAGAAUGACGAAGACAAAAUUCCAAGAUAAAAGAAGGCUAUUGAGAACAUGUACAGAGCAAAGUUGGAGAGGGAGGAAAAAGUGACGGAAGAUUGAAGGCAAAUAGAACACUAACCGUCUAAAAAUUUGGCUGAAGAGAAACACACGGAGAAAACUGAAAAACAGAAGAAUGAAGAAGAAUAGAAAAGCGGAUUGAAAGGAGUAGCGUGUAAAGAAUCUGGAAGAAUGGGUCUCGCUCCCCAUCUAAAUUGGAUCGUGGAAGUCCAGCUCGGCCCAAGUCAAAGAGCAGUUCGAGAUCCCCAAGUGCAUCCCGAGCCGCCAAACGCUCCGUGUCCAGAUCCCGCUCUCGAUCAAGAUCAAGGUCUGGGUCUCGGCGAGACUCCAGCCGUCACUCACGAUCUCGAUCUCAUUCCCGCCGACGGAGGUCCCGUUCUCGUUCCUACAGCCCCGACUCCCGCCGCAGGAGGAGCGAGAGCACCUCCCCGAUGUCGAACCGCCGGCGUCACACUGGCAGCAGGAGCCAUGACACAAAAGAAGCAAACAGUCAUGGCGGUGGUGCUGAUGUUAGGGAGAACCCUGACCCCAACACAUGUUUGGGGGUAUUCGGCCUGAGCCUGUACACCACAGAGCGAGACCUGAGGGACGUGUUUUCUCGCUACGGUCCCCUGGCCGGGGUCAAUGUGGUGUUCGACCAGCGCUCGGGUCGCUCCAGGGGCUUUGCCUUUGUUUACUUUGAGAAACUGGAGGAUUCCAAAAAGGCAAUGGAGAACGUCAAUGGUAUGGAGUUGGACGGCAGGAACAUUAGAGUAGAUUAUUCACUCACCAAACGGCCUCACACCCCCACACCCGGAAUCUACAUGGGCAGACCAACUCACAAUGGUGGUGGUGGCGGCGGCCGAAGAGGGAGGGAUUCGCAUUAUGACAGAUACGACAGAUACGAUGACCGAUACGACAGAUAUGACAGAAACGAGCGUUAUGAGCGAUACGACCGAUAUGAGCGAUACGAUGAAUAUGAUUACAGAUACAGUCGCAGGCACUCCCCAUCGCCGGGCUACGGUCGAUACAGGUCUCGCUCACGGUCUCGCUCCUACAGCCCACGGCGAUACUGACGUUCUGCAACCAGCAUGUCUUUAUUCACAGGACACCCCCACGUCCCCCUUUUGAGUUUUUGUUUACAUACAAUAGGUGUCUUGAUUUGUUCAUGUGAGCAAAGAACCUUUUUCUGUAGUUUUCAUCACAAGAUGGUAGUUUUGGUUUAAUACUCCAACCUCUUCCGGUAAGUACAAAGUAAAGUAAAGGUGUGUGUUCACACUUUUUCAUGGGAAAGCCAUUCCAUGAGUUUCUUCUGUGAUCACACACUUGUUUUUUCCCCCCUGUGUGCGUAUGGAACUACAAACCUGAUAUGCAUUACAAUACUUGUGUGUGUGUGUGUGUGUGUGUAAUAUUGCAAUACAUCACAUAAUACAAAAAGGAAGAACCAAAGCCUAUUUAAUCCCACUCCCUCCCCGACCCCACCUGUUUCACAUCAAUUGCAAUACAUUUGUUCACUUCCUGUAUUCCACAUGUACUCUUUGCUCGUUUAACGAUAAGGUAGUAUAACAAUGUGGUAGUCAAAGUUCUUGUGUGGGAGUUGAGAUGUGUGGGUGAGGUGGGAAAACAAGCAAGGAGGAGUUUCACAGAACAAGCCCGAUGCCAGGAUGUUGUUCCAUGUUCACACAAAGUUAGGUUAAUAAUGGGGGGGGGGACACUGUUAAGAUUCUCUUAAAGUUAACACUGCUUCCAUUCAGUUCUACAUCAAUAAAAACAAAGUGGAAAAGACCUUUAA